AGUUCCUACACCAUCUCGGACGCUGCAUCAAUCUUACAGCACUUUCGGCAGUAAGCCAACGAUUAAGACAGGCGGCGAGCACCACAGUUCGAUCUUGUCAGCGGAGAUCAUUGAUACGCGCACACGCACAUCAAGUACAUAAAUCACAACCGGCAACAACUUUAACCUUGACUACGAGCCGGCAAAUUCAUCACAGCCCUUACCAGCGGCAGCAGGAAGACCAGCGGCAGACACACACAGCUUCCAAGCCACACACGCGUCCCACGAAAUGUGGCUCCUCAUACCGAUACUCUUGUACUCGGUUGUCUUCCUCUACGUGCGGCAUGUCUACACGUAUUGGAAACGUAAGGGCUUCCCAACAGAACGCACUGCUUUGUGUUGGCCAUUUCUCAAAUAGGUUUAUCGACGCGAAUUCCAAUAUGUGAGCGCGAUCAGCGAAGCAUACAGUGCCGGCGGCCAGCGGCCCUUAUAUGGCGUCUACUUCUUCUUUCGGCCAACACUGCUGGUGCGCGAUGUGGCCUUGGCGCGCACCAUCCUCGAGAGUCCACAUGGCCAUUUCGAUGACAAACGCUGGCACUACAUGCAGGGUUUUCGUAAAAUCAAUCUGCUAGAAAAAUUGGCGACGAUCUUUAGCGUGCAGCGGGUGGAGGGAAUGUUCCGAAAUGUGGAAAAAGUGACCGAUCACAUGGUGAAGCACUUGGAUGCGAUAACCGUGGCAAAUGAUUAUGUGGAUAUGCAGAUAGUGUUGAGAACCUACGUCAUCAACGUCUUCGCUAAUCUCUUGUACGGUCUAGACAGCAAUAUAUUCGAACAGCAUGAUAGUGUUUUCAAGACCUACAUACAAAGCGCGCUCCGAAAUCGGAGCUUAGAUUCAUACACGCUCAAUCAUUUGCCAAAGAAGUCAUCGCUCACCUAUCGGCUGCGUGACAUUGUCAAGGACGCUGUGGGACGACGCGAGGAUGGCGGCAUGAUACGCAAGGAUAUAAUGCAGUUAUUGGUGAAGUUCAGGAAUGGCAAUAAUUUGAACAAUGACAGUAAACUGAAUUGGCAUGUGGACAAUGUAUUUGAACGCGAGAAGCUGCUCUCUAUUAAGAAACUUUCGAUAGUCACUGAACGUUUUCUAAAUAUCGGUUUCGAGUCCACCGCCUCAGCGGCCACACUUGCCCUCUACGAAAUUCUACAAUCGCCCAGCAUACACAGGCAGGUACUCGAGGAAGUGCGCAACAUGGCUGCAGCAGCUAAGACUGCAGCUAAUGGUGAUAAGAAGUUGACCUAUGCGGACAUUGAUAGCCUCCAAUAUUUGGGCGCCUGCAUUAAAGAAACUGUGCGCAAAUACCCAAGCGUGCCGUACAUCGAACGAGUUUGUCGCAAAAAUUUCCCCAUACCCAAUAGCCGUGUCGUCAUCAAUGAGGGACGCACAAUUAUGGUGCCGGUUAUGGCGAUGCACCGCGAUGAGCGGAUUUUCAAAGAUCCGGACUACUUUAGACCAGAGCGAUUUUACAAUGUAACGAGCGGCCCGGACGUGGACAACUUUAUGGGCUUUGGCAUGGGUGCGGGCAUUUGUGUGGGUGAGUAG